AUGGCGUGUUCUUGUUCACACUGGUGGCAUGCACCAAUCUACAUGAUAAUCACUGUAAUUCUUGCAAUCGUAGCAGUUUCACCACCAAAUCCAAAAACCCACAACCCACCAACACCACCAAUUCAACACGAAAUCUCAUCAAAUGCUUCAUUAGCAUUAAGAAAUUCUGGGUUUCAUUUCAUGGCCACACUUCUACAAAUCUCACCUGAAUUAGUCCUUUCAUCAUCAUCAUCAUCAUCAACGUUUUUCGCUAUUAGAGAUGAAACCAUCUCUAAUCUUUCUCUUCCAUCACGUUUAUUAAAAGAUCUUCUGAAAUUUCAUACUUUUCCAUCUAAACUCACGAUUCAAGAUCUUUUAAACAAAACUGAAAACACCUGUUUACAAACACUUCUUCAAGGGAAAAACGUUACCGUAACAAAGAUUGAUAAAAAACAGAGUACUGUUGAAAUUAAUGGAGUCUUGAUUUCAAACCCUGGUAUUUUCAAUCAAGGUCCUUACAUAAUUCAUGGUGUUCUUGCACCCUUUUCUCCAAUCAAUCGUCAUCUGGGUUCUGAUCACUUUAUUCAAUCUUCAAAUUGUGGGUCUAUUUCAAACUCUGGUGGUAAAUCAAGAACAAGGGUUUCUUGGAAUAGUAUUCUCAGAACCUUAAGCUCAAAUGGGUUUGUUUCAUUUGCUAUUGGAUUGAAUUCAGUACUUAAUAACGGAGUACAUAAAAAGCAGUUGAACAUGAUGAAUUCUGUAACAAUUUUUGCACCAGCAGAACUUUCUUAUGUAGCUUCAUCACCUUCACCAUUGUUGGAAAAGAUUGUAAUGAUUCAUUUAGUACCUGGAAGAUGGUCUUACAAACAACUUCUUGCAGCUUCUUCUUCAGCAACUCCCCUGACAACUUUAGUUCCUGACAUAGAUCUUCAAAUAACAAAGUUUAAUUCCAGCACUACUGAGAAUGAAGAGAUUCUUUCUGUUAAUGGAGUGGACAUAACUGCACCAGAUGUCUUGCAUUCAAAUGGGUUUAUUAUUCAUCGGAUUUCUCGACCGAUUGGGAUGGCGAAGCUUUCGCAACCACAUGUUCGAUCCUUUUCAGAUUAA